GUAAGAUAAAUUUGUAUAUAUGUUCAUACAUAUAAAAAUAAAAAUAAAUGUUUAAAUAAUGUAUAAAUCUAUGAAAAUAAUUUUAAUUGUUCUUGUAAAUUCAUUAAUAUUAUGGAACCAAUCUAAUGUUUUAGUGAAGGUCAAUGGCGAAAAAAUAUGUAAUACAACAGAUGUAAUCAAUGAUAAUAUAGAAAAAUUAAAUGAAUUAAAAGAUUGUGAAGUUAUUCAUGGUUCAAUUACAUUAGCAAAAAUUCAAUUAGAAAAUAUUAAUGAAUAUUUUACAUCAAUACGUGAGAUUACUGAUGGUUCAAUAAGAAUAACAAGAAAUCCUCAAUUAUGUUUUACACAAACAAUUAAUUGGAUUGAAAUUCUAUUAAAUAUGAAUAAACAAGAUUUUAUAUUAAAAAUGAAUCGUAAUGAAAAAAAUUGCGGUUAUUGCCGUGAAUUAAAUGAUAAUGAAAAAUUAAAUGUUUAUAAUGAAAAUUUUUGUUGGAAAUAUGAUCAAUUUCAAAAAGUUUGUAAGAAAAUCGAUGGUGAGUACAAAGCAGAUUCUCAGAAAUGUUGCACAGAUGAUUGUUUGAGCAGUUGUACUUUAGAUUUUGGUCGUAAUUCAAGUUUCUGUUCGGUUUGCUCAAAUUUUAAAGAUCCGAAUGGGAAAUGUGUAUCAAGCUGUGGAUCAAUACUAUAUGAGUUAAAUAAUCGACAAUGUGUUACCGCUGAUAUAUGUAAAUCAUUACAAUUAAUACCUUUUAAAGAGAAAUGUAUUAAAAUUUGUCCAGAAGGAUAUAUUCAACCAGAUGGAAAAUUAGAAUGUAUACAAUGUCCAGGAAAUAUAUGUAUGAAAGUAUGCCAAGGAAAUUUAACAAUUUUUACUGAAUCUGAAGCGAAAAUUUUAAAAGGAUGUACUAAAGUUGAUGGAUAUUUAGAAAUUGAAUUAAAACCAAAAAAUACAAAAAUAAUUACAUUGCUUGAAAGUCAUUUAUCGGAUAUAGAAGAAAUAACAGGAUAUUUAAAAAUUUCCAAGUCACCACAAAUAAAAACUUUGAAAUUUUUUAAAAAUUUAGCAACUGUUGAUGGAAAAUAUCUUUAUGAAAAUCAAUAUUCUUUAUAUAUUUAUGAUAAUUUCAAUUUGGAAAUGUUAUGGGAUGAAUCACAAAAAAUAUUUUUUAUGAAUGGAACUGCAUUUUUUCAUUUAAAUCCGAAAUUUUGUAUUAAAUACAUCUCGAAUUUAACUUUUAAAAAUAAUAUUAAUUUAAAUGAAAUCGAAGCCGUUUUUGAUAUUUCAAAUGGCCAUGAAACAUUUUGUGAUCGAACAAAAUUUUUUACAAUUGUUGAAGAAUAUAGUGCAACGGCUGCAAGAAUAAAAGUAGAACCUUUCAUGAGUAAAGAUAACAAAAAUAAUUUCUUAGGAUAUAUUUAUUAUUAUAUUGAAGCACCUGAGAAAAAUGUUUCAAUGUUUGAUGGAUUUCAUGGUUGUGGACAUGAUAAUUGGCAAAUGAGUAUUUCAUUGGGUCUUAAUAUAAGGUAUGUUAUUAAAAAUUUGAAACCAAGUACACAAUAUGCAUAUUUUGUAAGAACGUUUACAAUAAUGGAUUAUCACUUGAAAUUGAAUGCUUUAUCGGAUGUUCAAUAUUUUAGAACAAAAAAUAUUGAUGAUAGACCACUUCCAAUAACUAAAUUGUUCUUUAAUGUUAUUAAUAGUACAGCAAUAGAGCUCUUUUGGUGGCCUCCAAAAUUUUCAAAUGAAAUUGUAAUGGAUCCUACAUCUGCAAAUGAAACAUCACGUUCAUAUUAUAUACUACUGAAUUAUACAAUAAUAACAAAUUAUCAAAGUGAUAAUGCAGAUAAAACAAUGAACUCUUCAUCAUGUAUUUUAGAAAAUUCAUACAAAUGGCGUGGAUUAAAUCCAAAAGAAACUGAUUAUUAUAAAAGAGAACAAUUUUUGGUGGAAGAUUUAUUGCCCGAUUAUCUUUUUAUUCCAGCUAUUUCAUUUUUUAGAAAAAAGGAAGAGGAACCACCGCAUGACUUUCCAGUUGAUACCAAAUUUAAUAAAGACCGUUUAAGCGGUUUUAUUGCAUACAUAAAAACUAUAGAAAUGAAAUUUCAAAAAGAACAAGAUACUGGGAUUGCAGAUUUCAAGUUACCAGAAUUAAAUAAAAAUGUGACGAUUUUAAAAGAAACUUGUUGCACAAAAACAUGCAUUUGCAUAAAUGGAAUACGUUCAAAUUACUUAAUUAGAAACUUGAAUCCUAAUACUUGGUAUAAAAUUUCGGUUAAAGUUUGUAACAAAGAGGAUAUAUGCAGUUUUGCAACUUAUUUAAAGGCCAAAACUAUGAAAAGUGUAAACCAAAAAUAAUUUAAAAAGAAAAAAUUAUAAGCAUACUUACGUACCAUUGUUUUAGUAGGUUACAGCUUUGCUAACAGUAUUACAUUUUACCAAAAUCAUAGAAUAAAUUUUAGUAAUACUUUUAAAUUGAAACAAUAAAGUUAUGGUUUAUAUUUUUGAAUUUCCAUUUUAA